GCCCUGGCCUCCCGACUGAGUGCUAGCCAUGUUGCGUCAGUCCGAGCCCACCUCGAGCACGCUGCACCUGGUCGCCACGGAGAUGGGCGACAUCAUGGAGACGCUGGACACCCGCGAGCUGGACCUGGCGGACGGGAGUACGACUCCAAGGACGGCAGCGUCCCAGAGAAGCGCAUCCCCUUCCCGGCGAUCUACAACACGGUGGGCUUCAAGGAGGCGGAGGCCAGGGUGUACCUCUCCUCCCCCAUUACCGCCAAGAUCCUGGAGGUGGAGCGGUUCACCUCCGCCCAGGACCGCUUCAACCUCAACCACCAGAGGAGCGUCAACAAGUCAAUGCCAGCGGUGUUUAAGAUCGAACUGAAGCAUGGCGAGUUCACAUGGCUGGUGAAGAAGAAGGAGAAGCACUUCAUGGACCUCCAGGAGCUGAAGACUUACAAGACCUUCAUGAGGAUACCGCUGCCCACACGCAGCCACACCAUCAAGAGACAGAGCGUGAGGCGGACGGCCAGUCAGAUCCCGAGCCUGCCAAGAGGGGGCCGGGACGAGCGGCAGGAGGAGCAAGUCUCCAGCAGAAGGAGACAACUGGAAGACUAUUUGAAUAAGCUGCUGAACAUGACGGUGUACAGGAACUAUCAUGCGACGAUGGAGUUCAUCGAUGUGAGCCAGUUGUCCUUCAUCCACGACCUGGACCCAAAGGGACUAGAGGGUAUGGUCCUGAAGCGUUCGGGGGGCCAUCGUAUCCCCGGCAUGAACUGCUGCGGUCGGACCAAGAUGUGUUACCGCUGGUCCAAACGGUGGUUGGUGGUGAAGGACUCGUUCCUGCUCUACAUGAAGACGGACUCCGGGGCCAUCUCCUUCGUCAUGCUGGUGGACAAAGAGUUCAGCAUCAAGAUGGACUCCAAGGACACGGAGACCACACACGGCCUGCGCGUCGACAGCCUCUCCAGGAGCCUGGUGUUGAAGUGCUCCAGCUACCGCCACGCCCGCUGGUGGGGUCAGUCCAUCGAGGGCUUUGUCCAGAAGCACGGCUCCGCCUUCCUCACCGACCACCGCUUUGGCUCCUUCGCCCGCGAGGAGGUCAACAUCCCCGCCAAAUGGUACGUCAACGGGCGGACGUACAUGGAGGACGUAGCGGACGCGCUGGAGGCCGCGAAGGACAUCUUCAUCACCGACUGGUGCCACAUGGGCCCCUUGAGGUCCCGGGGCGGGGACCUGGGGAGAGGUCUUGGUGAGGCCCCUGUGGGUUGCUGGCCCCUCUCCUGA